AUGUCCCGGUGCCAGAUUCCCCCACAGGAAAACACAGCCACACUCCACAGCUGCCAGCACCCCAACCACUGUGUCCAAUCCAGCCACCAGCCAACGGAGUAUGUGGUGGAGGAGGAGUAUGUGGUGGAGAAGGUGUUGGACUGCAGACUGGUGAAGGGAAGAGUAGAGUUUCUGCUGAAAUGGAAGGGGUUCUCAGAUGAGGAUAACACAUGGGAGCCACAAGACAACCUGGACUGCCCCGACCUUAUCACAGAGUACAUGCAGAAACAUAAGGAGAAGGAGGAGAAGAAGAAGGAGGGCAAGAGGAAAGUUGUCAGUGAGGCCUCGGGACACUCAGAGGAGCGAGGGAGCAAGAGGAAGAAGGUGGAGGAUUGA